CCCGCCGGUCCACGCCCGGCCCAGGCUCUCGCUCGCCCGGCGCCCACCGCCCCAGGAUGUUCAAGAAAUUUGAUGAAAAGGAGAACGUAUCAAACUGUAUCCAGCUGAAGACUUCAGUUAUUAAAGGUAUUAAGAACCAACUGAUAGACCAGUUUCCUGUUAUUGAACCAUGGCUAAACCAAAUAAUGCCAAAGAAAGACCCUGUCAAAAUAGUAAGAUGUCAUGAACAUAUAGAAAUCCUCACUGUGAAUGGAGAAUUGCUGUUCUUCAGACAAAGAGAAGGGAUUUUUUACCCAACACUAAGGUUACUUCACAAAUAUCCAUUUAUUCUACCACAUCAGCAGGUUGAUAAAGGAGCCAUUAAAUUUGUACUGAGUGGAGCUAAUAUAAUGUGUCCUGGCCUGACAUCUCCUGGAGCAAAACUUUACCCUGCUGCCGUUGACACUGUUGUUGCAAUAAUGGCAGAGGGGAAACAACAUGCAUUAUGUGUGGGAGUCAUGAAGAUGUCAGCUGAUGACAUUGAGAAGGUCAACAAAGGGAUUGGUAUUGAAAAUAUCCACUAUUUAAAUGAUGGUCUUUGGCAUAUGAAGACAUACAAGUGAAACAAAAGGAACUGUGUUACUCCAAGGGAAUGCACUUAGGUUAAAUGUGGACUGCUUUGUAAUUCCUCGUUUUUAAUGUGACUGAAUGUACAAAUUAUUUUGUUCUGUGGCAAUGCUAAAUAAAACAAGUGAAUGCAAAAGUA